ACGGUUUCAAACGCUGUAAAAUGGCGUACAACCGUCGCGAAUAUGGCGACGUUGGCUCCAGCGGUCACACGGGUCUUACUGACGACGAGGUGUAUGAGAUGCAGGAGGCAUUUAAUCUUUUUGACACCAAUGGUACCGGCACUAUUGACCCUCGUGAGAUAAAGUGCGCCAUGCAGAGCCUGGGCAUUGACAAGAAGAAUCCUAUGGUAUUUCAGAUAAUAUCUGACCUUGAGAAGAGCGGUUCCACUCAAAUUAGUUUUAGUGAUUUUCUGGACUCCAUUACCUUGAAGCUUGGUAACCGUGACAGCAAGGAGGGCAUUAGGCGUAUAUUUAACUUAUUUGAUCAUGACAACAGUGGCACCAUAUCAUUUAAGAAUUUGAAGAAGGUGGCAAACGAGUUGGGUGAAUUCAUAUCGGAUGAGGAAUUGCGUGACAUGAUCAACAGAUCGGAUUCCAAUGGUGAUGGCCUUUUGUCCUUCGACGACUUCUACAAUGUAAUGGCGAAACGUCCAUUACCAUAGAGGCCUGAU